AUGGACCCCACCGAUCAGUCGCCGGAGGAGAUGUACUCCGUAUGGGCCCUCCCGCCAGAGCCCGUCCGCCGUCGCCUUCUCGGCCUCAUGGCCAGCCUCCGUGCCGCGCACGGCGGCGCGGUCUUCGAGCCGCACGCCACCGUCCAUGGAGCCAUGCGUCUCCGCCGCUCCGCCACCAUCGAGGCGCUACGAGCCGCGGCGGCCGGUCUCCGCCCAUUCACCGCCCGCGUCGCCUCCAUCGGCCGCUACGGCGUCAACCUCCUGCUCGAACCAACCCGUGAGAUGAUGGCCACGAGCGACCACUGCCGCGCCCACUUCGAUUACCAGAGACCAGCUCCGUACGUGCCGCAUCUGAGCCUCUUGUAUGGGGAUCACCUGACGGAGGAGGAGAAGGCAGCGGCGAGGAAGAAGGCAGGGGAGAUGGACAAGGGAAUAUUUGGGCUGCAGUUCGAGAUAUCUGAGCUCGCGCUUUACAAAACGGAUCCGAAGGACAAGAGCUUGGAGUCGUGGGAACUGGUUGAGUUGUGCCACCUUCAGAAGAAGUGA